AUCAGAAUAGAAUGGAAAUAGGAGUACAAAAAUAAACAGAUGAUGAAAAGCAAGUCUAGCCAGGAUAAUUCAACAAACUAAAUGAUAGUGGGGAUAAAAAGCAAACAGGAUAUUGUGGAUUUCUGACUGUUGAGUAAUUACUACAAUUCUAAAAUAGAUAUUACACUCCAUAUUUCAAUGUCACAGAAAAUGAUGUUAUACAAAGAGUCAAAGCCACCUUCCUUCCAUUUCGACCAGAUUUCCUAAACAUUACCAAAGAUAACCCAGAUUUGUAUAUAUAGUCAAUAUAUUUGGUAGAUGGGGACCAAUAUGGAUCAAUGCUACUUUGAUUUUUAUGAUUACGGCUAUUGCUAAUUUGAGAUAAGUAGACUCAGAGAAAGAGAACCAAUCCUUUGAUGUCGGUUAUGUUCCUUAAGCAACAGCUUUGUUAUACAUAAUUGCAUUUGGAACUCCUGUGAUUUUAGCUGUCGUAAUGAAGGUCUUAGGAGUUGACUUAAGUUUCUUCCAAACCAUCUGCUUAUAUGGUUAUUCCAUGUCAACACUGUUACCCAUCACAAUUCUAUGUUACUUUUAGAAUGAAUUGUUUUUAUGGUUAAUUAUAGCAUAUGGAGUUGGAAAUUCAAUAUUAUUUUUGAUUUUCAAUUUGAAAGAGUAACAAUUAAUAUUAUAUAAUAUUAGAGAACUAGAUAAAUUAUAGAUUCAAAAAAAGUAUAUCAUAAUAGCCAUAGUAGUUACAAUGCAAUUGUCUCUCUACUUAUUUUAUAAAUUGGUCUUCUUUUCUUAUGUGUCCGAAGGUAUUGUAGAAACUACAAAUACAAGUGCCUCAUCAGAACCAAAAGAACCUGCAAAUUGAGUGUUCUAAAUUCAUAUUGUGUG